GGAAAACUGUUUACUUAAAAUAUCAUAAAACAUUUGAUUUAAUUUUAAUUCACAUAUGUAUAAUUCAGAAAUACAUAAAGAGCCAAAUUACUUUAUUUUUCUAAAAUCGCCAAGAAUCCAAAUUUCAGUAUGCUUCAACAAGAAGACGCAGUGACGGUCAUCAUAGGUUGCUUGGUAGAAAAAGCCUGGCUAAUUGCCUUUCAACCCGAAAAAGGCUAUCAUUUACCAUACUUCCAGGGAAAAUGUUCAACUUGGACAAAUGCUGCAAGCGAUGGAUGUAAAAUGAUCACAGGCCAAGAUUUACCACAGCCCACGUUAUGGAAAAUAAUAAGAGUCUGGCAAUCCGAUUCAUUACCGUAUCUAACAAAUGCAAUAUUCAGAUUAAACCUAACCAGUGACAUGAAAAGCAAAACUUCUUUAACCCAAAAGCAUUUUAGAAAUAAUAGAAGAGUAAAGUACUUUUGGUUGAGUGUAGAGGAAAUAGGAAUUUUGGUAAAUGAAAAUGAGUUUUGUGGAGAAAUAUUUUGUUAUAUUUCAACGCCAGUCGAUAAGGAGCCCGAUAUGCAAAUGAUAUUAGAAAUUCAGCAAUCAAGUAUUAAUAAUGAUACGCUGGUUGAAAUUGACAAAUAUUCCAUUAUUGUCAACAUUAUGAAUAUGCAAAAUCUGAAAGAUACGCUUUUAGCUGGAUUAAGAUUAAAAGAAAAAGAUCAAAUUUACCUUUACCAGGAAUAUUUAAAAACCACAUUUCCAUUUCUUUUUAUGGGUGUACAUUCCCUCAAAAGACUAUCCUCCAGAAUUGGAAUCGAUCCAAACAUGGCACCAGAUUUGUUAAGGGCGGCAGAUAGUAGAGACAGAAAGUGCAUCAAUUUCAGGGAACUAUUGCAUAUUAUUGCUGUACUUGAACCUAAAACAAUUCACACUGGGCUAGGUCUAGAGAGCAGGGUAUUGUUUGUAUUCAGAUAUUAUGAUAAAAAUAGUGAUGGUAUACUAGAGACAAAAGAUAUCAGAGAGAUUGUCGAGGCACUUCUACCUACAGCAAGUAAUGAUCAAAGUUUAACAACAGUUACAAGAAAUAUAGGUGGAGAAUACAGAUUUUUCACACUGACUAAUUUUCACAAACAUCUCAAAAAUAUUAAAUACAAAGAGUUCUACAAUGUUCUAGUUAACCCAAAAAGCAUUUGUGAAAUUAUAUCAUAUUUAAGAAAAAGAGCAUUGCAAUCUGCCAAUAACACAGAGCGAUUACCUGAACGGGCAGAUUCAUAUAAAAAUCUUGCUGUUUGUAAGGAUAAUAAAAUAGAUCCAGAUUAUGUCAUUUCAAAUACAUGCGUAUACGUUGGAAAAGGGGGUGUAUUGGGUGUUGAUGAUUUGUCAUCUAUGUCCAGCGCAUUUUAUAAGAGUAAAGAAGCUAAUGAUCUCACACUUAAUCGUUCAUCUUACACAAUGUUUGAUGCUUUACAGUCAUGCCAUGUUGUAUUGUCCUCGCUUAAAUAUUUUGCAAGUGACGAUCAUUCGGCAUUAAAACCUCCAUACAGCUGGCAACAGGAUAAAUUUGAGGAUUUUACUAUGGCAUUGAAAGAUGUUUGCUACAAACUUGUUGAUUUAAUGAAAAAAGAGCCCAGAAUGAUUGAAGUGAAUUCUCCAGUUUACAUCCUGGGUGACAUUCAUGGUAAUUACCAUGAUCUAUUUUCUUUUGAACAGUUUUUCUGGGGGUUGGGCAUUAAUUUGAGCCCGAUGUCUGUCCUAUUUCUCGGCGAUUAUGUCGACAGAGGAGAGUACAGUGUUGAAGUUGUUGGCUACCUCUUUGCGCAGAAGUUGCAGAAUUUUAGACGAGUUUUUCUAUUGAGAGGCAACCACGAAAUAAGAGAUGUACAAAAGAAUUUCACAUUUUACAGUGAAUGCUUAAGGAAAUUUGACAGAUUGGGGAAACAAAUGUGGGAAACAAUAAACAAUGUUUUUGAUUGCUUGCCUUUAGCCGCACGAAUAGACAACAAAAUUUUCUGUUGUCAUGGAGGAAUUCCACCACCAUGGCUUUGCCCGUCAAUUAAUAUGAUAAACAAAAUACCUUGUCCUUUAUCUAAAAUUAACGAAGAGAGCAUACUAGCUUGGGAACUACUUUGGAAUGACCCUCUAAAGGAAGGAGAAAAUGUCGAUAUGGAUACAAUCGAUUUCCAGCUAAGUAUGAACAACGGUUUCGCACCAAAUAUAAGAAGAGGAACGGGUCACGCUUUCAGUUAUGAAGCCCUCAUGAAUUUUAUGAAGAUAAAUAAUUUGACAUUUGUCAUUAGAGCACAUGAAUCACAGUAUACUGGGUUUCAGUUACAAUUUAACAAUAAAUUGAUUACGGUGUUUUCCUCAUCACACUACUUUCGAGAUAAUGAUGCCGCCUGCAUUUUAGCGCAGGACAGAACAUUAAGGUUGUUCAGAGUCAACACAAACAGUACUUUUCCAUAUUAAAAGUCACAAUAUACAAAUGAAAUUUAAAA